AUGUAUAUGAUAAAGAAUUCAAGUUUGAUUACAAAUUUGAGGAUACAUACUAAUGAAAAACCAUAUUCUUGCGAGUAUUGCAAGAAAACAUUUUCUAAUAGUUCAAAUUUGAAAAAACAUUUGAGGAUUCACACAAAUGAAAAACCAUAUUCUUGUGAGUACUGUAAAAAGACAUUUUCUCAAAGUUCAAGCUUGAUUACACAUUUGAGGAUACACACUAAUGAAAAACCAUAUUCUUGUGAAUAUUGUAAGCAGACAUUUUCUACUAGUUCAAAUUUGAAAAAACAUUUGAGGAUUCACACUAAUGAAAAACCAUAUUCUUGCGAGCAUUGUAAAAAGACAUUUUCUGAUAGCUCAAGUUUGAAAAGACAUUUAAUGAUGCACACUAAUGAAAAACCGUAUUGUUGCGAGUAUUGUAAAAAGGAAUUUUCUCGGAGUUCAAAUUUGAAAAACCAUUUAAUGAUACACACUAAUGAAAAACCAUAUUCUUGCAAGUAUUGUAGAAAUACAUUUUCUGAUAGUUCAAGGUUGAAAAUACAUCUGAGGGUACACACUUGCGAAAAACCAUAUUCUUGUGAGUAUUGUAAUAAGACAUUUUCUCGAAGCUCAAAUUUGAUUAUACAUUUGAGGACACACACUAAUGAAAAACCAUAUUCUUGUGAGUAUUGUAAAAAGACAUUUUCUCAAAGUUCAAAUUUUAAGAAACAUUUGAGGACACACACUAAUGAAAAAUCAUAUUGUUGCGAGUAUUGUAAACAGACAUUUUCUAAUAGCUCGAAUUUGAAAAGACAUUUAAGGAUUCACACCAAUGAAAAACCAUAUUCUUGCGAGUAUUGUAAAAAGGCAUUUUCUGAGAGUUCAAAAUUGAAAAUUCAUCUGAGGAUACACACUAAUGAGAAACCAUAUUCUUGUGAGUAUUGUAAAAAGGCAUUUUCUCAAAGUUCAAAUUUGAAAACUCAUUUGCAGAUACACACCAAUGAAAAGCUCUAUACUUGAUAUAUUUGUGAAAGGUCAUUUUUCAGCGUGCACAUAUGAAAAGACGUUUGAGGGUACAUGUGAAAGAAAAACAAUAUUCUUGUGAGUACUGUAACAAGGCAUUUUCUCAUGGUAAUAGUUUGUAUAUGCGUCUGAAAAUGCACACCAAAGCAAAAUCAUAAUCUAAUGACUCUUGUGAAGAGUCCUUUAGUGCUCUUUCACCGUUAAAAGUACAUUCAAGAUACCAGACUAAAGAAACAGGGUUUGUACGCUCCUUCAAAACUUUGGGAAAUGUGGGGCAAAGUGAAAUGGUGAAACAUUUACACGGUGAAUUCAAAACACCACAGUCGAAGUCGUAAUUUUUGUGAAACAACAUUGUUCUGGAAUUCACAUUGAACUCAUUUAAGGAUACCUGGGGAAUGUGGGGCAAAGUGAAACAUUUACUCUGCUUUUAGCGCCAACCUUUAAAGUACCAUUUUAACUAUGAACAGGGUGUCAAGCGAAGGGCUCCCUAAUUUCAAAAUCACAUGUCUUGAAAACAAAGAAAGAUAUUGGAAUAAAACAAAACAGUGUGUCUACUGGGAAACCCAUAAAAAUCAUGUGGAGAAACUUGUAAAUUAGUGAUAAAAAUUACCAACACGUGGCGCUGCACGCUGUAAUUGCAAUAAAAAUCCCCAUAAAUAGAGCUGCGAAGGGGUUGCAGACUGCGCCAUUGCAAUUUUAUGGGAGGGGGCUGUUU